AGGAAGGAAAGAAAAGCUGAAGAAGUGACCAUUAUGCGUUGUGACGUGCAUUAAAAGAAAAAUAUCGUGCUUACUUCAAGUACGAUCAUUUAUCAAGUAGAAGAAAAAGACUAUUUAACCUUCUUAGUAGUGUUGAACGAAUUUAAAAAAAAAAAACGUCGGAAGUGGGAGAGAAAAAUAGAAAGGAGGAGAAACAGUUGGUCGGCGUGGGAGUUAGGGGGGUUUCUAGGAGGAAGCCAGGAAUCGAGCGAAGAAGAAGAAGAGGAAAGAGAAAGAAAGAGAGAGAGAGAGGGGCGAGGGAGGGAGAGAUAAAGAAAAGAGAAGGAGAGAAAAAACAUCGAAAAUUUUCCCUCUCCACCCUCCACGUUCUAUUACCCUGUACAUAUUUACGCCUAUCAUGAGAGUUUAUUUCUACAGUCAUCAAAAGUUAUAUAUCAGACUUGACGAAUUAAUUAAUAAUCAGUCUCUCUCUCGUCAAUCGCAUUAAUUUUCUACAAAAAAUCCUCGUUAAAGUGUGCCCAAUUGAACGUACAAUCGUUGUAAUGAUAGAGAAAAGUUUGACUACUAUUCGUGAGUAAUCUUUAACUGCGGCCAUAACCUCAAAAUUGUCCAGUGAAAACAUUUUGUUUAAGAAGAAUAGAAGAAAGAAGAGAACAAAAAAAGGAAAGAGAAAAUAAGAGGCCAAUCAAAUUCUUCCAUAACCUCUCUCUCUCUCUUUCUCUUUUUUAUCCGUUUAUAUUCGACAACGAAUUUUGAAGUUGCAUUUAUAAAGGAGCGAGAAAAGCGGCAAGGUUUCACGAUUACAUUUACAACAGAAAUUGUUAACUUGAUUUCUUCCUAAGUUACUAAUUGAAUCAAUUUGAUCAUUCAUUGAUAAGAAUAUCAAUAUGCAUAAUGGAAAUGGUGCGAAGAUGUAACUAUGUAAUCAGUUUUGAUAGAACCAAGAACUCAUUGGUUUGUUCUAAGAAGCUUGUGAAAAAGUGUAUUUAAAGUGUUUUAAUUUUAUACCAAAGACAACUGUGUGUUGUGACUUACUCGAACAAGAUGGAUAUCAGUGUAAUAAUGCAGUGUCGACUUUACAGAUGGAUAAACAGGGAUGACUGAAAAUUGUUGGAACUCUGGUGGUGGCGCUGGCGUCAAGAUGGAGCACUUUCAGGCCACCCUGGACCCAAGGAAGCAGGAGUUAUUGGAGGCCCGCUUUCUCGGAGCGAGGAUGUCUGCUGGGUCACAAAUUCAGAUGGCACCCCAAUCAACCGUAAACUCUGGUCAGUCGGUUCAUAGUCAAGACUCGAACAUGAGUACCGGCUCUUCGCAUAGUGAUAAGGAGGUAGAUCCAAAUACUCCAGAAAAAAUACCAAGAACUCCUUCUGAAAGGAAAAGAAAGCGUAAAGCUGAUGAUGGUGGUGGAGGGGUUCCAGGAGGGCCGGUGGGUAGCAAAGGAACCAGGUCUGUCGCAGCUUUAGAGAACAAGAAAAUCAACGAAUAUUUUUCAAAACACCAUCUUGGUAAUAGUCCCAUUCGACACGGAGGAGCUAAAAGCCCUUCUCCGCAGCAGGGAUAUCCCAUGUAUCCUCCAUCACCACAACCUUUUUCACCUCAAGUAACAACGCCUAACUCCUCGGUGGCAGAAUUUUCGUCUUUGAUGCAACCACCGAGGCCUCAUCCGCAACCUCCAACUCUUCCACCACCGUCUUCGACGCAACCUGCAGGCUCUAUGGUCAGCAAGCAGGUGCAGGUAAGGCCUACCAACCUCAGUAGGACAAGCCAGGUCAGGCAAGCGAAGACUAACACCCCAAAUACAGAACUAACUUGCCAGAGGAUACAAGAAUUUGAAACUCAAGCUUCUUCGGACUUAGAACUACGUAAUAACAAAAUUGACGAAUUAAAUAGAACGACAGAAGAACUUAGGCAUCAAAUGGCUAAUCAACAAAAACUUAUUGAGCAGCACAAAUCCCAUAUAAAUAAGUGUAUAGACGUUGUAAAGAAGUUAUUAAAAGAAAAAUCAAACAUAGAAAAAAAGGAGGCUAGGCAAAAGUGUAUGCAAAAUAGACUGAGGUUGGGACAGUUUGUGACCCAGAGGGUAGGUGCAACGUUUCAAGAAAAUUGGACGGAUGGUUACGCAUUUCAAGAAUUAGCUCGAAGACAAGAAGAAAUUGCAACUGAGCGGGAAGAAAUUGAUAGACAGAAGAAAUUAUUGCUCAAAAAGAGGCCGUCUAAUAGUGAAACAAGUAGAAAACGUAGUCAGCCUCAACCUUCCUUGCAUAAUGGAACUGAAGCUACAUUCUUAAAACCAGAUGCUGUGCCUGGUUCUUAUACGUGGCAAGAGUAUUAUGAAGCUGAUGAAAUACUCAAGUUGCGGCAAAGUGCGUUGAAAAAAGAAGACGCUGAUCUGCAACUAGAAAUGGAGAAAUUAGAAAGAGAACGAAAUUUACACAUCAGAGAGUUGAAGCGUAUUCAUAACGAGGACCAAUCGCGAUUCAAUUCUCAUCCUGUAUUGAAUGAACGUUACCUUUUACUAAUGUUAUUGGGAAAGGGUGGCUUCAGUGAAGUGCAUAAGGCAUUUGACUUAAAAGAGCAACGGUAUGUUGCUUGUAAAGUGCAUCAAUUAAAUAAAGACUGGAAAGAAGAUAAAAAAGCUAAUUACAUAAAGCACGCAUUACGGGAAUAUAAUAUACAUAAAGCUCUAGAUCACCCUCGUGUUGUAAAAUUGUAUGAUGUGUUUGAAAUUGACGCCAAUUCCUUUUGUACUGUCUUGGAGUAUUGCGAUGGACACGAUUUAGAUUUUUACCUCAAACAGCAUAAAACUAUACCAGAAAGGGAGGCAAGGUCGAUCGUCAUGCAAGUAGUAUCGGCAUUGAAGUACCUCAAUGAAAUUAAACCACCGGUCAUACAUUAUGAUCUAAAGCCAGGUAAUAUAUUACUCACAGAAGGUAAUGUCUGUGGAGAAAUAAAAAUUACAGACUUUGGAUUGAGUAAAGUUAUGGAUGAAGAAAAUUACAAUCCUGAUCAUGGUAUGGACCUUACAUCCCAAGGUGCUGGUACUUAUUGGUACCUCCCACCAGAAUGUUUUGUCAUUGGAAAAAACCCUCCUAAAAUAUCAUCAAAAGUUGAUGUAUGGAGCGUGGGAGUUAUAUUCUACCAAUGCCUUUAUGGUAAAAAGCCAUUUGGACAUAACCAAUCGCAAGCUACAAUUUUAGAAGAAAACACAAUACUGAAGGCCACUGAAGUUCAGUUUGCGAAUAAACCAACCGUUAGCAACGAAGCAAAGGGUUUCAUAAGAAGCUGCCUAGCAUAUAGGAAAGAAGAACGUAUAGAUGUACUGACACUAGCUAGACAUGAAUACCUGCAACCUCCUGUGCCAAAACAUGGCCGUCAAGCGAAUAGUCAGCAACAACAGCAGCAACAACAGAUUCAACAGCAGCAGCAGAGCUCCUUUACUAUUGGCAUGUUUAGUGGUAUGAACGCGUCAAGCAGUUCGUAGU